UAACCCAUCCCUUUCGGAAGGCAGCACUUGUCCAUUUCUGCUGGCGCGCUGCAAGGCAUUCGCUGUUGCUGCUGCUGCUGCGGCUCGGACUGCAUCCUCUGCCUCGGCUCCCAGCGUGUGUGUGUGUAUGCGUGUGUGUAUGUGUAUGUGUGUGUGUGUUUUGCAGGUGUGUCAGUUUUAAUUCUGCCCAGUAGGUGGGACUUGGUGACUUUAGCACCAUUUUUUUUUUUGCCUCCCCAUCUUCUGUUGCAAUCCUCACAAGUAUCGGAGUCAGAGAGAGCGGCUUGAUUACCAACCUGGAAUCAACAAGGCAGCAAAGGAGACCUAGCCACCAUGCAUUUCAGACCGCUACUGUAGAAGAAUUGCCUCGUAUCUUCCCGGCGGCCACGAUGGUUCCAUCCGCUGGAGGAUUUUGCAUCUGAUCACUCGGCGUUCCAAAGGCAGAGUCCCCCCCCUCCCCCUCCCUUCCCCCUCCCUCACUGUCUUUGUUUCCUUCCCCCCUUCUCCCCCCCCUCCUCUCUGCUCCUCCUCCUCCUCUUUUUUAGAAGCAGCAAUCGGAGAUGGAUGUCUCUCUUUGCCCUACCAAGUGCAGUUUCUGGAGGAUUUUUUUGCUGGGAAGCUUCUGGCUGGACUAUCUGGGUUCGGUGCUGGCUUGCCCUGCGAACUGUGUCUGCAGUAAGACAGAGAUCAAUUGCAAGAAUCCCGAUGAUGGGAAUCUCUUCCCUCUCUUGGAAGGGCAGGAUUCAGGGAACAGCAAUGGCAACGCCAGCAUCAAUAUCACGGACAUCUCAAGGAAUAUCACUUCCAUACACAUAGAGAACUGGCGGAGCUUGCAUACACUCAAUGCAGUGGACAUGGAACUCUAUACUGGACUUCAAAAGCUGACUAUCAAGAACUCAGGACUUCGGAACAUCCAGCCUAGGGCAUUUGCCAAGAAUCCUCACUUACGCUACAUAAAUCUCUCCAGCAACCGGCUUACCACACUGUCAUGGCAACUCUUCCAGACGUUGAGUCUCCGUGAACUGAGAUUAGAGCAAAAUUUCUUCAACUGUAGCUGUGACAUCCGCUGGAUGCAGCUGUGGCAAGAGCAGGGUGAGGCCAAACUGAACAGUCAGAAUCUCUUCUGCAUCAGCACAGAUGGCUCUCGAAUUCCCCUGCAGCGUAUGAACAUCACCCAGUGUGACCUACCCGAGAUCAGUGUAAGCCACAUUAACCUGACAGUAAGAGAAGGGGAGAAUGCUGUCAUCACCUGCAAUGGCUCUGGCUCCCCUCUGCCUGAUGUGGACUGGACUGUCACAGGACUGCAGUCCAUCAAUACCCACCAGACAAACCUUAACUGGACCAAUGUUCAUGCCAUCAACCUGACCCUGGUCAAUGUCACCAGUGAAGACAAUGGCUUUACCUUGACCUGCAUUGCUGAAAAUGUGGUGGGCAUGAGUAAUGCUAGUGUGGCACUCACCGUUUACUAUCCUCCACGUGUGAUGAGCCUAGAAGAACCUGAACUGCGUCUGGAGCACUGCAUCGAGUUUGUGGUCCGGGGGAACCCACCCCCAACCCUGCACUGGCUGCACAAUGGGCAGCCGCUGAGGGAAUCUAAGAUCAUUCGGGUGGAGUACUACCAGGAGGGUGAGGUCUCUGAAGGCUGCCUCCUCUUCAAUAAGCCCACCCAUUAUAACAAUGGCAACUACACCCUCAUUGCCAAAAACCAUCUGGGCACAGCCAAUCAGACCAUCAAGGGUCAUUUCCUCAAGGAACCCUUUCCAGAGAGUACGGAUAACUUUGUCUCAAUCUAUGAAGUGAGCCCCACACCUCCUAUCACCGUGACCCACAAACCAGAGGAGGACACUUUUGGGGUAUCCAUAGCUGUUGGACUUGCAGCUUUUGCCUGUGUCCUCCUGGUGGUUCUCUUUAUCAUGAUCAACAAGUACGGCCGACGGUCCAAGUUUGGAAUGAAAGGUCCAGUGGCCGUAAUCAGUGGUGAAGAGGAUUCAGCUAGCCCACUACACCACAUAAACCAUGGUAUCACCACACCCUCGUCGCUGGACGCCGGGCCGGACACAGUGGUGAUUGGCAUGACUCGAAUCCCUGUCAUCGAGAACCCUCAGUACUUCCGACAGGGACACAACUGCCACAAGCCGGACACAUAUGUCCAGCACAUUAAGAGGAGAGACAUUGUGUUGAAGAGAGAACUGGGGGAAGGAGCUUUUGGGAAAGUAUUUCUGGCAGAGUGCUACAACCUCAGUCCAACCAAGGACAAGAUGCUGGUGGCAGUGAAGGCCUUGAAAGACCCUACCCUCGCUGCACGUAAGGAUUUCCAGCGAGAGGCAGAACUACUCACCAACCUACAGCAUGAACACAUUGUCAAAUUCUAUGGCGUAUGUGGAGAUGGAGAUCCUCUCAUCAUGGUCUUUGAGUACAUGAAACAUGGAGACCUCAACAAAUUCCUCAGGGCUCAUGGUCCAGAUGCUAUGAUCUUGGUAGAUGGGCAACCUCGCCAGGCCAAAGGAGAACUGGGUCUAUCCCAGAUGCUACACAUUGCCAGCCAGAUUGCCUCUGGCAUGGUAUACCUUGCCUCACAGCAUUUUGUCCACCGGGAUCUGGCCACCAGGAAUUGUUUAGUCGGAGCCAACCUAUUGGUGAAGAUCGGAGAUUUUGGGAUGUCAAGAGAUGUCUAUAGCACUGACUACUACAGGGAAGGGCCAAGCCGGAAGGGGCAGUUCAGCACAGCGUGGCAGCGGCAGAGGCUAGCAGCACCAGCAGCUACAACAGUGGGAGGUCACACCAUGCUACCAAUUCGCUGGAUGCCUCCAGAAAGCAUCAUGUACAGGAAGUUUACUACAGAAAGUGAUGUCUGGAGCUUUGGGGUGAUCCUCUGGGAGAUCUUCACCUAUGGCAAACAGCCUUGGUUUCAGCUCUCAAACACAGAGGUCAUUGAAUGCAUUACCCAAGGUCGUGUCUUGGAGAGGCCCCGGGUCUGUCCCAAGGAGGUCUAUGACAUCAUGUUGGGAUGUUGGCAGAGGGAACCCCAGCAGAGGCUCAAUAUCAAGGAAAUCUACAAAAUUCUUCAUGCUCUGGGGAAGGCCACCCCGAUUUACCUGGACAUCCUUGGCUAGUGGUCAAAAAUUCCUUCUUUUUCCCUGCCCUACUUCUUUCCUACCUGCCCUAUUUCCCAUUUCUUUCCUCCCUGACUGAAGCAAACAUCUUCACAUAAACUCAAGUGCCUGCUACACAUACAACACUGAAAAAAAACCCGACAACCUGUAAGGCAGUUUGGCAUAUAUAUGUACAUGUAUACAUAUAUGAUAUAUAUAUGUAUAUAAUCUGCAGAGAUACCUUCCACACCAAUACAGAGAGAAGCUGCUGUUACAGAAAGUUAUAACUUAACAACAACAACAACAGAAACAUAGAAAACCUUAAAAGUAUUAAAAAUAAUGGACAACCCUUCAACUAAAGCUGUGGCCCCAGCAACUGGCCCCUGCUGUGUAUGCUUCUUCUGCUCUAGCUGCUCAGAGCUGAAGACCCUUGACAAUGCAGAGAGACAAUCUUCUUGUUGGGAUGGGAAGAGUUGAGGUGGGGUGAGAGUCCUGCUGCUCAAGUAUGAUAUACACUGAAGGUCUGAAUAGAGUCCUGGGGUAGAUGGCUCCUCCCAGGCAAGAGAACCACACAAUAGCAGUGUUCUCUGGGAACUCAUCCUGUUUCUACCCUAAUCCUUUAAACUCUAUCUCCACCGCACUUUCCACUCCAAUGCUACCCCAUCCCUUUCUCUUUUCCUGUUUCAGGACAACUUUCUAAUUUACUGAUUCUUAAACAUAGACUUGAUGUUUUGGGGACAUACCAUCAUGAUCCCUUCAGAUAAACAAACAAAAAGCCAACAGCAGAACACAAAAUCAUGACAGCAGCAAGAGGAGACUUUGGUGUUGGCUGGGCUGAAGUUCUUUGCUGGACUUGGAAAGGGGUUUGUCAUCUAUCCUCUUGAGGAUUCCUUCGCCUUAAAGAACCAUGGGAAAAGACCUGUCUACUCCACUCCCCCCCCCAAAAAAAACCUGGAAAUGCCAUUAUCCACCCAUCCCUUAUAACAAACAGCUUUCACUUCCCUAUCCUUUGUAUUUAAGUCAUUGGAGAGGUGUUGGGGGCGGGGAAGACAAGCUCCUCCAUAUUGUCCCAUUUAUGUGGGUAUAACAAGCUGCAGUUUUAAAUCAGAACAAUUCUUAGUUCCUUGUAGUAUCCAGGUGUGUCUCCUUAGGGUUCUCUCUUUACUGGGUCUCUUCCCCUUUUCAUUCAAUUUCCCCCUUUCUACUCUUCCCUGCUCCCCCCAUCAUUCAGAUACACUCUGAAUCUCAAAGUGAGGAAAGGGGAGAUAGGUCAUGAUAAAGAAGAUGGUGGUAUUUGCAGCAGAGAGCAGGGUGGGAAAGAGCCCAUGGGGAAAAACCUAUUGGGCACCUGCACCCAGUCACUUUGCCAUUCUCUUCACGUUCCCAAGCCCCUGAAAGGAUUGAUGCAUCUGCCUUUGAGCUGUUGUGAAAUGCAGAGGGUGAGGAAUAGCUUUUGUGGGCAGAGGGGGAGGGAAAGAGCUUUCUCUGGAAGAUAUUCAAUGAGUGGCCAAGUGCAGCAGUCUUGGCAUCUUAAUGAGGACAGAGCCCUGACCAGUGAGAGAGAAUGAGUGGAGCCUGGGCAAGGGCAGCAGCUCUUCCUACCCCUUUGCCAGUGGAAUCAUUGCCUUCCUGGGGACUAUUAUGGGACUGACUAUAGUCAGGAGAGAGAGAGCAGAAAAGAGUGCCUAUCAUGAUAGGAAGGAGUAAUGCUACUAUUACCCUGUUCUUCCUAAAUCUCAACCUAAUUCCUAGCCCAGUGCUACCUAGGUGACUGGUAGAAAUUAUGCCUCUAUGUAACUGGAGCUUCAGCCUAAGGGCUGGGGAAACUUUUCCUUCACUGCUUAUUUAAGAAUACAUCUGCAGCCCGUGGCAUCCUGUCAGCUGAUAGCACUUGCUUCUAAUCUGGAGUAUAGGAACCCCCUGUGUGGGAACCAGGGCAAAUGAUUUUAUUCAAAUAGAAAAUUACUGUACUGAGAUGAUAGAGAGUGGAACUGGGGGGCUUUGCAGCUGGGCUUCAAAGCAGAAGAGGCUAGUCUAGAGCUUUGUUUGGUUUCUGCUUACUGUGAUGUGGCCAGAAAACCCCUGAAGAUGGUUGGGGAGCUUCCAUAGAUGAAUGGGGGCAAGAUCCCACCUUGUAAAAAGAAUACUUUGCUGUUCUAUCCUAUUUGUCUGUCCGUUCUUCUCUGCCCUUGGGAGCCUUGUUAAACUCUGGGAUCUCUAACUGCCCAACAGCAUGGUGCAAUGCUGCUUUUGUUGUUUGGUGGUUUUGUUUGUUUGUUUGUUUGUUUGUUUGGUAAAGAGGAAAGUAUUCAUGUAAAGUGGUGGAGGGAAUGGGUGGAGAGGGAAGAAUCAAAGGUAGGUGGAAGGGAAGUUCUCCACUCCAGGAAAGCCACUAAUGAUUACAGGUAAAACUCAUCUGCUCCUCUUGCUGCCCAUCUGCCAACAGAUAUCUGGGACUCUCUUUUUUAAGUUAUGUUAUUGAGGCCUCAUGUUGACCAAUGAAUGAGCAGGGGAGCAGGGAGAAAAAGACUCAGGAUCUUUGUAAUUGGAUCCCUGCAAGUGGAAGAAGAGGUUUUAAGUUGAUACCGCCAGUAAUCACCGGUCUAAUGAAAGAAUGCUGUUCCUUUGGGCUUGUGAAUGAGAUUAAAACGAUCAGCUGACCCUAUCCUCCCAUUUAAGCUGCCUUGUUGCAGUUAGAGGAUGGGAAUGGAAAUUGGUGGGGAAAUACCAGAAGCUGCUUUCUUCCUGUUUGCUACCUACUGUUAGUUCUGAGUGGGGUCUGAAUGAGUUGUCCAUUUUGCCUGUUGAAAUGCUCUCAGAAGCAACUGAACAAAGUCCAUGUGUUAGGAAUGAAGAGAAGAAAGGAGACAAGGAGAGGGAAUGAGUAGGAAUAUGUAAGAUAAUGGGGAACUAUCUUGGGUUAAUAUCUUCUAAUCAUCAGACAGAGUGGAUAAGUCAGAACCUUUCUGGGUGUUGGUCCUCUAGCUAUAAAAUGAAGGCAUUGAACUUUUGAUUUCUUAGAGCUCCUCCAGAUCAAAGAUGCUAUUCCAGGAUCAUACUAAGUACUGUUUGGUCUCCCCUCCCCACCUGUGCUUCUUCUUUUCUGGGCUUCCCCUGUGUUGGUCAAGCUUUAUGACUUUUUUUCCCUCCUGAAACUAUAAGCUGAAGUUAAACACGUUAUUUAAAUGUAUUUCACCUACCCAGUCCCAAAUUCCUUGCCACCACUAAAAAGACCCUUCUGCCCUCCACUUUUUAUGGUCUUAAUUAGAUUGUGUUUGAAUGUUGGUUGGUAUUGGGCCUCAUAGCUUGCCCCCUGCCCUGACUGGGCCCUCUGAAAUUCUUAAGACCCAGGAGCUAUUCUCUGAUGUUUUACCCUCAUCACUAGCCCCCUUUAAUGACUGAAAAAUGAUGUCCUGCUUGGGAGCUCCUACAAAACUAUUUCCUCUUAGAGACAGCUCUGCAACUUUCUAAGCCUUCCUUAAUUGGGGUGUGCCCUGAGCCCCACCCUGUAAUUACAUGCUUUGAGUGGAGCUUAAAGGUAAACCCUAAUCCCAUUUAGGGCCAAUGGGAUAAAGCUCUCAGUGAUUCUUUCACUCAGCCUGCCCUGUACAAGUUCUCUUGAGACAUGACUCACACAAGGAAGAAGAAAGUUCUCUGUGGCCCCCUCCCUGCCCCCACUCUCCAGGAGAACUGUCAUUUAAUUUCCGUGGUAGCAAAGGAGCCAGCCUCUAGAGCAAAAAUGAGUCAAUUUAGAGAAUAAGGGAAAUACACUAGCAGAAUAUAAAGUUCAGAAGUGAGGCAGCAGGGUUUAAUGCAAAGUGCAUGGGUAUGGAAGUCAAGAGAUCUGGCUUUGCCAGCAAUUAAUUGUGGUCCCUGCAAGGGCAUAUAUCACAUCACCUGUGCCCUCAGUUUCCUUUUCUGUAAAAUGAAGCAAAUUGGAUUAGAUAAGUUCUCUGAUCCUUCUCGGCUCUGAAAAUCCAUAACUCGAAAAGCCAAGUAGUAUUCUUGGCAGCAAUACCAUAUUAUGUUGUUUGUUUCUGAUAGGAAAAAAAAGAAAAUAGCUGGAAUUUGACACUUUCUCUGCUAUUUUUUUUUGGGGGGGAAGGAACAUGGGAUGGAGGAGUUGUAAAUAAGCCCAAUGGUAUCAUGUUUUUGAUAGCACUUAAUACUUGCUCUUCAUCUGUCUCAGGAUUUUAAGGCAGCCCUUUCCUCAUAAAGACCCUGUGAGGUAGGCAGUACAAACCUAUUCUUUCUCCAGUUUUACAGAUAAGGAAACUGAAGCUCAGAGAAGUUAAAUGAUUUACUCAAGGUCACCCAGAUAAUAAGGGGCAGAGAUGAGACUCAAACCCACAUCCUUUAAUACCAAGUCCUUUUCUUUUUUUGCGCUAUAUCACACAGUCAUGGGCUCUAGAAGGCAGGUGAGGAUAUGGUGGCUGAUGCUGCUAAGGUGUAUUGAUGGAGUGAAUGGGGCAGUUGGGUCCCCUCGGCAACUUUUCUGGGUUUAGCAUUGAUGCCCUCAACAGACGCACACAUACACAGAUUCUAGAGUAAGUUCAGGCAAUGUACAGUAUUCAGUUACUAGACAUAGCUAUUUUGAUCCCCAGUUUGCUAUUCCAAGGUUCAGAGUCUUUGAGAAUAGCCAGGAUGGGACAAAAUGCAGAGGGUGCCACAGACCUGGAGGCUAACAAAAAGAGCCUUGAAUGAGGCUACAAUGUUCCCACAAAGUAUUUCCAGUUCAAGAAUUCCUCCCUGUUCACUAUUUUAAAGUAGAAUGCAUCUGUUUUAUUGUCCUUCUGGCAAUGCAGCUUUUGAAGCAAUGUUUAGCUUUCUUGAGCAUUGACUGUGGCAGUCCUGACACAAUAGUUAUCCUCACAUAUCUCUUAAGCUGAUGGUAGUCUCACCACUGGCAACUGUAUUUGGAUGCCAGUCCUUUGUCUUUAGGGCCUGCCUGGCUGUAUUUGCCACUCUUAGAAUUCCUCUGGCUCUGACUUUAGUAUGUAAAGUAUCGUGUUGGCUUUGGCCCUAUGAUUCCUGUGGCUUGGUUUCUUAAAGUUUCACUUCCUUCUUCUACAUUAAGUGAAGUGGUUCCUCUUUCAUGAGUUUUAAAGGGAAAGUCCCUUUGUGGAAUAGAAAACUUUCAUGCUCAUUCUCAGAAAUGCUGAGAUAUUGGAACAGAUUCUGGGAAAUGCAACCUCUUAAAUGUCUUCAGAUAAUAGGUAGCCAUCUAAGACAAUAUUUCAUCUUGUAAUAAAAGAAUGCUAUUUUGUCACAUGAUUCCAUGAAGACUUACUUGGAGGUGGGGCAGGAGGGACUACAUGAUUUCUUGGAGUUUCAUAGGAUUCCAGUAGGUGGGAAAAGCAGAACUAAAAAAGGCCAGGAGACUUCAAUCAGGUGCUGAAUAGAAUUCCAUCAUCUUGCAGUGUGUGGCUGACUGUUCAGUGCACACUUAUCAUUGAAUAGCAGACAUCCUAAAAACAACCACAGAAAGUGUCCUCAUCUGACUCUUCAUCCAUUGCCUUGUUUCACCAGGCUAUUUAUCUGCCUUACCCCUCCCAUUGUGAAUAUGACAGUAGCAGGUGUUACUCCAAGUAACCCCCAAGGCUUUUCUCCACAAGGACUGGGACAGAGAGGAGAUGAUGAUUAUUCUUUCUGAAAUGUAAGGAUGGAAAUUCAUUCUUAACAAAGGUGGAGAUGGUAAAUAUUGAUACAACUGCUACAGGAGUUAUAAUUAAUCACUGUAAAGUUGGGUUGUGUUUUUUUUUUGAGCGUAUAUGUUUUUUUCAGGGGAUGUGAACUUGUUUCAGAAAUGUUCUUUCUUUGCCAGCUGUGGGGUUCAUUCCCCUUGCCUGCAUGGAACGUUUUUUUCCAUCUAAGAAAGAAGUGUCUCUAUUCUCCCCACCCCAUUCCUGUAUGAUGAGAUAGGAACUUUUUCUCUUCAGAAGGAGCUUUUUUGGUGAAAGAGGAAUGAAUGACAACAAUGAUAAGAAUCACAAAACCUUCCAUAGCUUCACUUGAGGAAGGAGGUGGGGAAUGAACAAAACACCUCUAUGAUUGCUUAUAACAUUACCUAAGCCUCCUUUUCUUUCCUUCCUUCUCUACCCCACCCUCAGUGAUGCUUGGGGAAAUGUCUCUUGUCCUCUCAUUUUCCUUUUAGUAUAUAGUCUUCUGAUUGAUGUUUCAACCCUAACUUAAAGAGAUGUCAGAGAGAGUGUGUGUGUGUGUGUGUGUGUGUGUGUGUGUGUGUGUGUGUGUAUGUGGUGGAGGUGGGAUGGGAGGAAGAGAGUGGAAUUGGAUUGAGCUGAGGGCAGAAAGUCUGUACCCUAUACUUGAUCCAAGUUGAAAACAAAUAACCGAAACACUGCCCUCCCUUUCCAAAGAUGUCAUGGGUAAAACUAGUCUGGUUUUGAUACUCAGGGGGAGAGAGAGAGUGAGAGAGACAGAGAGAGUGAGUGAGUGUUGGAGAUGACAGCAGAAAAAUAUCUUAAAUCAGUGAGCUGUACCAUCUCUUCAAUCUAACAAAAGCUGAUUCACCGGGAUUUUCUUUUUUCCUGUUAUCAAUUGCCUUUUCUUUCAUCGUAAUGUGCCAGUUCAUAAUUUGGAGCAGCCAAGGGGGAUAAAGAGUGAAAGGUUAACACAAAGCUGUCUGGUGUGGUGUAAGCCUAUAUACAAACCCACCCCCGCCCUUCUUCUCUUGUCUUAGAAAACCUUAGCAACUUGGGCAUUUCUUUUAAGAGAUCAAAGUCAGGUAAAAGCUAAGACGCCUACUUUAUUUACCAAAAUUCUUAAGGGUUGUAGAUCACUAAAACUUAAUCAAAAGGCAAGUGGACCUCAAAAUUUAUUUCAGUCCAUCUGACAUGAAAACCAUGGAAGUGGUUCUUGCAGUCAAUGAAUAGAGCAUGGAAGAAGUAAAAUUGCUCAUUCUUUAGAGGUUAUCUUGUAGAAAAUACUUGGGGGAAUAAAUUCCUUGCAGCAACCAUGGCCUCAGAGGUCUGCGGCUGCUUUCUUCAGUGAUUGUCCAUUUUAUGCUGUUGUCAAAGCAGGGAUAGUGAACGCACUGUUGAGGUGGUGCCUCUGGAACUUCAGAGGCCAAGUGAACAAAGAAAUCUGACCCAGGUGAUGUGAUUUUUGUGGUCAACAGGAAAAGAUUUUUCUUUUCUUUUCUUUUUCCUUUUUCUUUUUCUUUUUUUUUUUUCUGCUGCUGUCCUCCUGCCUUUGUGGGAUUGACAAGAGGACUUCUCAAAAUAAGACUAAGUCUUAAUUCGAGGUGAAUCCCAGGACCACAAACAGUUUGGACUUCAAACAUUGAGAAAAUUGGUGCUGGAUGAUUCAGCACACAAAGCAGAAAACUUUCAUUUCCUUCAGGCAGGAUGGAAUUGACUGUUAUAUUAAGACUUCGGAAGGAGCGCUGCCCUGGAGUAAUUUCAGUGCUGUCAGACAAUGUUGACAUCUAGAUUAACCUCUGUGCAGUAAAUUUUACAGCAAAGCUCAUUGAGAUGCUUGGCCUAUAUCUCCUGUAAAUCCCAUUUGGAACCCAUGGUGGCCCAUCCUGAGCUCCUCCAUUUUUAUCUCCCCCACCCACUGAUCUCCUUGUCCUUGCACUACCAAACUACAGGGGCCUUGGAGUGAAAGUGGGGAUCCAUUCUCAGCAGCAGGAGCUCUGACCUUUUUCUGACCAUCAUGCUGAGCCAGGCUUUCUGCUCAGUUAGAGUGAUGAUGCCAGGGAAGCACUAAUCAUAGGAUGAAAGUCACUCUGAUGAUGACAAACAGUUUGCACUGCAUAUCCAGAUGCUGGGAAGAAUCAUGAUUUUGAAAGAAUGGGUUGGUUGUAAGUCACUGACUUCUUUCUACUCUGGAAUCCAAAAUGCUCUGUCUUAGAGAUCAGGUUCUGAAUGCAACAGGCCGGUUAUUGAAGCCAAGAUUUUGUGAACCAGCUUGUAUAUACAUCUUUUGGCACAGGCAGCUGAUGCAGAUGGACUUGGGUUAUUAAACAGCCUUUCUCUCUAAAGCCGCAUCCUUCUCUUAUGUCAGGAAGCAGCACCCAGAUCUCUUUUCCUUUUGGUUAGAAGUGGACAUCUGAGAGCAGUAGAGGGACAAUGAACUACAGUAAGGUUUUUAUGAAAACUGCUGGUGAUUGUCCACUGUCAUUAUCUCUACUGAAUUCAUACCAUUGCUGGACACUGUAUGUAACAAAUUAAAUGAAUACAAUAACUGAUCUAAACUUAAUGCAUUGGGCCAGAACCUUUGUGAGCACUUGGAAUAAACUUGAGGACUCCAGAAAGGGCUUGAACCUGGGCUUCUAAUCAUCGUUCAGAUCCAAAUCUAUACUAAAAACACACAGAAGUCUUUGGAAAGUAACCUCAGAAUUUUAGACCAUAAUAAUCAUCUAUGGAAUCCUAGGGAACAUGACUCCAUGGUGUUUGCUGACUGAUUCUCCUUUAAAAAGUUACCCUACUUUUCUUCUCCUUUUAUGCAUGGGAACUUCCAUUAAUAUCUCUGUUAGGGGAGACAUUAAUACCUAACCAUACUUCCAAGGAAGGGUAUUUAUUUCAUUUUUAGACAGAAAAUAAUGUGACAUGGCCAACAUCAUAAAAAAGUAAAGACUACUGACAACAUAUGAAAAGUAAUAAGUAUCAUAUUUUGUUUUAGAUGCCUGGGCCUUUUGUUCUGUAUACAUGCAUUCUUUCUCAUUUUCCAUUAUCAAUGUUUAUGAGAUGUCAUGUACACAUAUUCAUUGAUCCAAAUUCAUGUAGCUUAUGUUAACAGUUUUAUGGCUAUGGUGCACAUGUGUGUAGUAUAUUUGCUGGGCUUAUUACCUAUUUUUCCUGUUCUUAUAUUUCAACACCAAGCCUAUUUCUCACCUCUAUUUCAUUUUUAAGGAAGACUAAAUCAUGAGUUUCUCAGCUCCUUGUGGAGAGAAAACCACCUUAUUUACAGAUUUAUCUGAUGUUUUCAGGAGAAUUUAAGAAGGAAUAUGUUAUAAUUUGAAAAAGAAAAAAACUGGUCUAAGGAUCAGGAGAGCUGGGGUCUAGUCUCACCUCUGAAACUGAACUUGUCUAUCCUUGGGCAAGUCAAUAAUCAUUUCUGGGCCUCAGUUUCCUCAUCCUCAAAAUGAGGAGGUUGGACUAGAUGAUCUUUAAGGACCUUUCCAAUUUUAAUAUUUUGUGUUUCCAGGUAAUACCACUUUCUGUAAAAUAUCUUUCCAUCUAGCCAAUACUUUCCAUCAGCAGGGAUGGCACCUAUAGCAAGUAGUAUUAGGAACCCUACACCAAGUUCAGUGACCCAGAAGAAAUAUUUAUUUCAAAGAAAAUUACAACACAAAAUAAAGCAUCUUGUGUACUGGCUCAAACCAGAAAUUUAGCUUACAUAUUUUUAUAACAUUCAACUAGAGCAUUAGAAUAUUCAUCAGACUUAGCUGAGCUAAUAUUCAGUUUAGUUUAAGGCCCUUCAGCAGCAGCAGCAACAACAACAACAACAAUAAAAGUAGCAGCCUCCAUGACUCUUUCACUGAAUAGCCAGAGAGGAUUACCCUUGGGUUGUACAAAGCUUCUAGCUUAUUUUCUACCCAGUUUCAGAGAUUUGCCUUGCAGAAGAAAUCCCACCUCUUAAUCUGUUUAGUCCCUUGCACAGAGCUGGUGAAAGGGACUACUCAGCAAAUCAUCCAAGAUCAAUGUAGUAAUAAGACAAAAGGUUAACUUUUUCAGUACAGUAAAAUGGAAUGUUUAGGUCUCUACUAUGAAAGUUCUCUAUAUUUUGUCCAAGUCUAUUUCAAAUUUGCAUUAUUUUUGAUUAUUUUAAGCCAGAGGUAAAUCCAUAUGAUGUGACCCUGAACAGUUAGAAUACCUCCAUCCCUAUUUGGAACAUUCUGAUAAAGUUCUUCAUAUUGUCACCUUUGUAAUGCCACCUAAUUGUUUAAUCACUUCCACUUUUGUCAUAGUAGGUUUGCUAGAUGGGUACUGUGCCAGCAAUGGAGAGAUCUGUUCUUUACAAUGUUACAAUUUGAAUCAGAACCCAUGGAGCAUCAGGAUUUUCUGUUUAUAUCUCCCAUUUGAAAAGAGCUUCAAAAUUUAUAAAGUACUAUUCCUAUAUUAUCUCUUUAUCUCAUAAAACCCUAUGAAGUAGAUGCUAUUUUUAUCUCCAUUUAUAGAAGAGGAAACUGAAACCAAGAGAGGUUAAGUGAUUUGUCCAGGAUCAAAUAGCUAGUUAGUGUCUGAGACAGGAUUUGAGCCUAGAUUUUCAUAUAUUCAAGUCUAGUGCACUUUGCUACUUUGCCUCAUUAUACAUACAUAUCACUUAGUAGUUUGCUAUAAUGGUAGUCUAUUACUCUAAUUUGCUUACUUAAAGGGGAGGAGAGGUAUAUCUUAUACAGAGUCAUUAUGAGGGCUUUUCCCACCCUGGACUAUCAAAAUGUAGGAAGAUAUUUGAUAUCCAUCCCAGUACCUUCCAGUAUCCCAUUUCAUUGCAUGAAAAUUUAGGCGUCCCUUUUCAGUCUCCCUAACCCCCAAAUUUAGCAUCCCCCCUUUGUUGAGUUGUUAAAAUACCAGAGAAGUAGGAAGAAUCACUUCAUUAGGGUUCACAUUUAGAACAAUGAAAAAAUGUUAUUCUCCCAAUGAGGUAGAUAAGUUUUGGACAGGGACUGGGACAACAGGUCAAUUAAAAUAACUCAUUCUUUCUUUCUGAAACCCAUCAUAUUUUUGUAUUUCAUGCAUAUACCUAGAGUAACUGUCAUCUGCAUAUUUCUUUUCUCUGAAAUAUUCAACCAGUUCCUCUGGCUUUUAAUGAAGAAGAUGAAGAAUGCUAAAGCAAAUAUUAGAGUUUUUUCCUUGUCAUAUGUAGACUUUGAUGAAUGGCCCAUGUUCUCAAGGAGUAGAAGAACUACAUGACAGGAAGUGAGUCACCUCAUUAGUGGAGUGACUGUUGUAGUAGUAUGCAGAUUUGUUGAAGGCAUCAGCAUCUCAUAAAAGAUGACCUUUUAAAAAAUUAAAUAACAGAUCCACAUUAUGACAGCAUCAGUGAGGUGAUUAAGCCAAGCUGCUGCAUGCUGUUAACAUGCUUCUUGUCUUGAAAACACAGAAGUGGAAAAGGUGACCUGAGGUCAUCUAAGUCCUUGCCUCUGACUACCUAAACAAUCCCAAAUGAUGUAUAUUAUUCCUAUUCUUUGUCUCAAGGACAAUAACCACACAUGUUUGCUUGAUUCCCUAUCUAGCUACUUUUGCCAUUAGAAAAUCCUUUAACAUAUCGAGUCCUGAUCUAUUUGUAUCAUUUUAACUACUAGAUCUUGUGUUAACCUACAUUAUUCUUGUCCACCCCAUCCUAAUAUUUCCAGGGAUGGCAUAUGAUACUGAAGUUUCUUGAUUUCUCUAUUUCUCCCUCAAUUUCUUGGGAAAUACUCCAUCUUUAUAGGUGAAGGCUUUAUCAUUGCCUGGUGAAAUGAUAAUAUUCAACUGGCUUUCUCAGAAAUGAGGGAUGAAGAGCCUUUUUGCAUGCUGCCAUUUUGUUCUGCUAAGGUUGGAGGUAUACCUUCACUCAAACAUCUAGCUAGUUUUAGAGAUUUUCAUUAUUUGUCAUUCUGUUUCUUAAGGUCAUGUCAUUAUUGUCCAUUCAAAGAUAAAUGGUGCCUUAAAAGAGAGACAUGCUAAAAGCUUUGACUGUUAAAUGUUUCACUGAAGGAAAGUGGCUGGCACACCUUAUUUCUAUGUUUAGGACUUUGAGCAUGUAUUCAAAUUUAGUACUGUUUUACCAUUUUUUUAAACCAUUGUCCACUAUCAUCCCUUUUAUAUGAUGUUUUCCUUUGGUUUAGUGCAUAGUAAAAUUUUGUGUAUGUUACUGGCAAAUAGCCACUUUUUUCAGAUAGUUGGUGAAAAGUGAUGGGCACCAGGAAAGCUAAUCACUACCAUUUCCAAAGAAAUAUGGGAAAAUACACUAAACCUAAGGAAUUCUUCCUUUACAAAUGGUAAAAAACAAAACAAAAUCUCAAAUCCCUAAUUCAUUAAUAACUGUGUGUGAGUGCACUUCCCAUCAACAGGUACACAGUUGGAAAUUAAAUCAUCAAAAAUAAUUUCUUUUAAAAAAUAUGAUGCCAAUUUCUAGGCUGCAAAGAUGACAUUAAAUGACCUUUGGGGAAUCCAAGGUGUCUACAAUAUCACUAAGGUAUAUUUUGAAGAAUCUGAAUUGGAUUAGAACUAAGAUUUUUUAAAAUAAGGGUGUGAAAUUUGAGAAUCUCAUCCAGUUCAUAAAGAUAUUUUAUAAUUCAUUCUGUAAAUCCUGAGGAGAUAACCUCUUUCAAAAUAAAGCAAAGGUCUGCCUAGGACAAUCUGCCUCAGUGUAUGAUUUCCUAGCAACAAGAGUGAUUAUUUAGAGAUUUCAAUGGUAUCACUGGAGAAAUAACUCAGAGGUUAUGGCAAAUGUGAGAUAAUAUUUUAACAGGAACAAGGAAAACUUGUUAUGACACUUUUUUUCUUGCUCUGGCUGAGAGUUUAGCAUUUCUUGGAGGCCAGCAGGCUGUUCCAUUUGCAAGGCCAGAUAAGAUUGCUCUGAGUUUGUAGUACAAAACAACUACUCAACCAAUCCAGUGGAGAUGGAGGUAAUUUUCAAUGACAUAUACCCUGUUGCUAUUGCACUAUAGUGUCAACUUGCCUGCUUGAUUAGUUCUAUGUCUUGGAGGAGGAACUGUUCUAGGGAAAGUUUCAGAAUAUAAUAAAAAGGAAGCAACUUGAAAGAAGACAGUCCUCACUUUGUGAGAAAACUCAAAGGUCAUUGUCUCCCUGGCAAAGCUUGGUAUAAUCAGGGGAAGAAUAGUUUUUAUUUUAUGUCUGCUUUGCUUUUCCAAAUUUUUUUUUUUGGGGGGAGGUUUGAACAAGUGGAGAAGGGAGUUGUUUAUGAUUCCAGAGCACAGUAAAACUCUGCUCAGUUUCUUGGAAAUGUGACUAUUGAAUUAGGUCUGGAGGAGUAGAAAAAUCUGUGGAUCAGCAUUUUGGGUAGAUUCUCAUCUCCCCAAAUAAAAUUCUUCUGAAAAGAUGUCAUAGUAAUCUAAAUCAAUUCUACCUUUGAUAUUUAGGACAAUUGCUCAGAGGAGAAGGAUACAGGCAAUCUGCUGAAAUCCAAAGAUACAAGAUACUUGGUCUAAACCAGGGAAUAAACAUCAAAAUCUUGCCAACUUUAGCCCAUGGAGAAACAUGGCUUCUGAUUAAGAAGUUCCUGAUACUUCAGAGACCAGUUUUUUGCCUGAACCAGUAUGAAAAGUGGACAUUGAAAUAAAUAUGUCUUGGGGUUCACCAAGAGUCAUGGACUGCUGAGUUUUCCAUGUGAUAGGUUAGACUUUUUCAUUCCAGAAUGGAGAAUACUACUUAUGGAUCAUGGCUGUCUGUGUUCAGGACCAGGGACAGCAAUCUUCCCUCUUAAAACACUGCUUGCUUUCUACCCUGACCUUCCUGGCAACCAGAGAACAGGCUUCUUCUUUUUCAUGCUUCUGACCCUCUAGGGAUGCAACUGGGAGGCUUUGUUUUUAAGCUGUGGUAUUCAUUCCCUGGCAAAUCAUAUCUUUUCUUUUCCUCACAAGCCUGGUGGUUCAGCUGUUUCUAUCACAUUGUGCCAGUUCUGGGAGCUUGGGAAAAUAGAGCUGAAAGGCAGGCAGAGGUCAAUCAAGAUCAUACUUUGGCACCUUUUGUCCUCAGAGCCCAUCACAGGGCUCAGCUGAUUUGUGAACCACAAACUUAGGAAAUGCUAUAAGUGUAGACUCUGAGAAUUUGUAUAUGUGCAUUUAUUCUUUCCUACAUAUUUUUUCACAAGGUGAAAGUGUACAUUGGAGACAAUGUUCAUUUGGACACAUUAUUAUGGGAAUUGAAGACAAUAUUCCAAGCAAGUAAGACAAAAAGUCUACAAGAAGAGUAAACUCCCUACUAGACCCAUAUCAUUUUGAUAACCUAUAAACAUAAAAUAUUUGUGGGGAAAUCAGAGGGUCAUUGUUUUGAAUCUAAUUGGUCAUAGUACUAUUAAGUAUGAGAUUUUCCCUUUAUGAAAUCACAACUAAUUGUUCUUCCAUUUCCUACAAUAACAUACUGGUUAGAUAUAUUGAAAAAGUAAGAUCAACCAAAGCUUUCGACAUAUUAUCUCUUUAGUUUGGGACUGUCCAGUCAUCAUAACACAAAGGAAUAAGCAGAUGUUACCUUAGAGCCCAUAUUACCUUCUCCUGGUGAAUUUGCAAAUGCAGCAUGUAGAAUCCUUCUCAAUUCAUGGCAGUUUGGUUUCUCUGCAUAGAAGGCGAGACAGUUGGCUCAGAUUUCAUCUUAAAUGCCAUCUUCUCUACAGCGGCCAAAUAAAGUUCAAUGAAACUACCUUUGAAUCCUAUGAAGCACUGAACAUACUCCUUUUCUCCCUCUCUCCCUCUCUUCCCCUCUGGUUCUUUCAGCAAUGCCUUUUGUAUUUCUCUAAUAAGAUACUAUUCUAAAUGGUUCCCAGUAGAGUAACUGCAGUAUUUUGAGAUAUUAAGAUAGUCCCCUUUGGGUAACUCCCCUGCUAGGGGUCAGUAGAAAGUAAAAGUGGACAACAGCCAUAUCCUGCAAGUGAACUGAUAUUUAUAAUCUUGAUUUCUGCACCAAGCCUGCAGUCCUAAGUAGAAGUUAUCCUUUUCACUUUCUCCUGGUACUUUGGAUGAAAUUUAGAUCCAAAUCAAAUUUUUCCAUAGGAAAAUAUGUGCAUAUAUUUAUAUGUGGAGUGGGGAGGAUUUUGAAGGGAUUAUAGAAGACUCUAAUUAGUAUCUCUUUGAUUAGGUGAGGUUCUUGUAUUUAAAGGUAGGAAUAACUGUAGGCAUUUGGCAAAAGCAUAUACGUAUAGUUUUGAUUGACAAGAAAUUAGGGAUGAGGCUGUACAUAAUCCUCAGAGGAGAAAAAGUGUUAUAGGAUAAAGGGGAAGAGGUUGUUAACUGGAUGGUAAUGGAUUUAAAGAACAGUUGGCAAGGAGGUUUCAGGUCAACUGGGAAUGAUAUUAGGAAACAGAUCAAGAAACCUUUGAAAUAUGGAAGGGAUAAUGGCAAAAAUUUAGGGAAGGAAUAGGUUAGAGGACAAAGGUCCCCAAAUAUUCAGUGUUUGGGAAAGUCCUGAAGCUUUCUAGGGCUAUUUCAGCCCUCUGAUCCUUUAUAGGUCAGCUCAGUACUGCUUUCAGGUUCCCUAUGGCAAAUACCUUACAAACACCAAAGUCUUGAAUUUUCUACUGUCAGCUGGAAUUUGCUGCCACAAGUGUAUGUUUUUCCCCACUUUUCCCUAUGUGAAAGGGACUCGGUUUCAGGAGAAGUGUCCUUUAAAAACCCAGCUAAACCUGGAGGUAAUUUUUUGCAUGAGUGGCUUUUUACAGAUAGGCUUAAUGCAGAACAAAAACUUGCGUUAAACUAAGUGCUACUUUACAUACCUUAUUUCAGAAGAAAUGAAGGAUUUAUUGCCAUGUAAAUGAUGUACACUGAUUUAUUUCCUACUGGACAUUACAUGUCCUUUAUCUUUAUUCAGACUUGUGCAGAAAUGUUUCAAUAUCUGAAGAAUCAACUGGUACCUGCUUCAGUGCACUAGGAGAUUAGUAUAUACUAAAAAAGCAAUUUGGGGAAUGAAGUUUAGGUGCUGUUAAAAACCAAUUCCCCCCCCCCAGUUUUCUGUACUAAAUAUAGUUUAAGGCAGUUAUAUCUGUUAGCAUUUGACUGUGUAUGUAUGUGUAUGUGUUGGUAUGUAUGUACCCAUGAGUGUUUUUCAAUAUUUGUACAAUUUAUUGGUCUUUGGAGGGAUUAUUUGCAUUAAGAAACUUACUAAGCAAUGCUAUGUAAAGGGUAUGUAUGUGUGUGUGUGUAUGUGUGAGUGUAUGUAUGUAUAAGUGUUUGAAACCAAGUUAAACCCACCUGCACAUAAAUAUACCCAAAACACAAGUUGGCUCAGAGAAAGGUUGAGCAAUGUGUACAAUGUUGUCUAACUAUGGCUGAGAGAUGUUUUGGCAGCAUGGGUAGCAUUAGAGACAUGGAAUGCUCAGCUGGAUUUUACCUGAUUUAUUUUCACCUCAAAUGAUAUUUAUAAGUUCUGUGUAUGAUUAGGAAAUACUCCUCUAUGAUGCUUAUGUGUUCUUUCCACUUCUUUGAAAAGUUAAUAUCCUGCCUCUUUCCCAACCUUUGGAUUCCAAAGUAGCUUAUUUCAAAUUCAAGACUGAGAUUUUUUAGUAAAAAAAUGUUUCCUGCCUCUUCCUUGAGGUGAUGUUUCUUAAGCACUUUUCCUAUACUGAGGAAGAAAACACUUGGAUAUGUCCUAUUCACCUGUAUAUUGGCCAUAUUUGGAGCAUCAAUUUUGUCAUAUGUAAAAUGCAUGAGCCAUCUGAAGAUACAGUAAUGAUUGCAUUGGCCAUUGGAUAACAGGCUUAUGGUCCAGGUGCAACUGUUAUGUGAAGGUGGCCUUUAUGUGAGUAAAUAUAUUAAUAUUAUCUUGAUAAGAUACUCCUGGGGUGGGGGGGAAGUGCCCAACUUAGGUUAAGGGAUGUGUUGAAAAGGCAAUGUCCCACCCUUACACCUUUUCCUAGCUCCCUUUUACUCUCCCCAACCUCAAAAGAAAACAGAUAAUUAUUUUUUUAAAACUAUUAAUAAUUUAUGUUUAGUACAAAGGAUGAUUUAAUGGCAUCACCAAAGGUCAUUUCUUCCAUUAGACAUUUUCUUCUCACUCUGCCCCCUUUAGUCAUCAACCCAUGAGACCAUCUGUCACUCUCAUGCCCACCAAUCCCGAAGUAGACAUUUCAUAUUUGGGUUCUAUCAGAAUUGGAUUUAAAGGUGGGGGCAGAGAUUUAACAAAACAACACUAACAAAUACAAAGCAUUCUUCACUUUCAAACAUUAAUUGCUGCAAAUGAAGGCGAACUCUUUUCUUGACUUUUGUUUAGAACGCCUUUUAUACAUAUAUAUGUAUAUAUGUGUGUGUAUGUAUAGAUAUAUGUAUGUAUAUGCACAUGUACAUGUAUAUAUGUAUAUAUCCAUCUCAAAUAUAAAUAUAUCACAUGUGAGAGUUGUAAAUAUUCCUUGGCCAUCUGUCUUCCUCAUAGUAUCAUAUCUUCAGUGUUAUGUUAACAACUCCAUUUAUUGAUUGAUGAAAAUGUGUGUAAACCUGUAUCUUCCUGACAUAGUUUAUGUAGUCUCUUCUCAAAUAAAGUAUAAAAAAA